AUGGAUGACGAGGUUGUCUUAAAUAUUUCUGCACAAACGCAAGGAGAUCCGGGAAAGGUAGUUAAAUGAUUUUACCAAUUUAAGUUUAUAGACCAGAAAAAGAGGGCGAAAAUCCAUCGAAGCUAAGAGUUCGCAUGAAGAUGGUCAUGCCCGCGUUCUACAGCCCAAUAGGGAUGGGCCUGUUGAUCUUGAUACUUCUGUGAACCAGCGAAAUUUCAACGACUCUAAACCGUCGAAACUUUCACAGGGAGCCAAAAACCGUUCUUUGAAUUCUCACACCAAAAUACCGAAUUCUGAACGAACCCUUAAAUUUGCACAAGCUCCUGACAAGACUUCGAAGAAUCCACUUCAAGUGGGCCUCUCAGCUAAGCAACAUCCCAGCCAAGAGGAGUUUUUGAACACUGUCAAGUAG